UCGCAGGGCGGGGCCUGGGACGUCUCUCCAAGGCCAUAAAUGGUUCUCUUCUCCCGCAAAGCGCACAGCGAAUCCCAGCAGCGUCGCGGAGCCGGCGGGAGAGGCCAGCGUCCCCGUCGGAAGACAGGCAGGCAAGCAAGACAGGCGGGCGAGCGUGGCCUUGGCGCUGGUCCCUCGAGGCGAUCUCGGUGCGGCGGCUCUGUUGGCGAGCGCGGGGAGCAGCAGCAGCAGCGGCAGCAGCAUGAAGGGCCCGGGCGCCGCGUCGCCGUCGGAGGUGAUCCGCGAGGGCGAGCUGGAGAAGCGCAGCGACAGCCUCUUCCAGCUGUGGAAGAAGAAGGCGGUGGUGCUGAGCAAGGACAGCCUGAGCCUCUUCUCGCCCGAGGCCGGCAAGGCCCGGGGCGGCGGCGGGAAGGAGCUGCGCUUCGGCUCCAUCCAGAAGGUGGACUGCGUGGAGCGGACGGGCAAGUACGUGUACUUCACCAUCGUCACGACGGACCGCAAGGAGAUCGACUUUCGGUGCCCGGGCGAGAGCUGCUGGAACGCCUCCAUCACCAUGGCGCUCAUCGACUUCCAGAACAAGCGCGCCAUCGAGGACUUCAAGAGCCGCCAGGAGGCCGCCGAGCACGCGGCCGCCGCCACCCGGGACAGGCGCCUCGCGCGCGCCCCCUGAGCCCGACACGCGCGCCCCCGAGCGAGAGACCAAAGAACAUUAUUCUGGAUGACAACAGGACCAAGUGUCUUUGACUGUGAUUCAAGUGCACCGGAGCAAGGUACCAAUGAAGGAAAGCAAAGAAGGAUGCCAGCGACUGCUAGAUCUCUUCGGAUCUGAUGAGGCUGCUGAGCAGGAGAGCCAAAUCUUUGCUGAAAGGCUUUUGCAAACCAAAGAAACUUUUGACAAACACAAAGUCUGGCCAACUGAAGAGGAGGCCCACUUUGCAAACUGCUAUUUUGUUUUAUAUUUAUAAGAUGCAAAGACUAUCCUACACCACCUGGUGGGGAGGAAAGACAUAGUUUAAAUUAUUUGUAGUAUCAAUAUUUUGUAUUUAUUUUGAUGAAUGCUUUUUAAGCAAAUAGCUGUCUUAAUGUUGCUUUUUGCAUUAAUGUAGCCAUUCCAAAUAAAUGAUGUGAUAUGUUCACUUUAUUUUACCACAUA